AUGACGUGGAGAGAUCCCAAGUACCCUCUCCCCGAUGAGGACGCAUUCGAGGCCAUCAAAGCCGGCGUCGACGCCUUGCCCCCUGGCUCUAAAAUGCUCCUCAACAGCGGCGAGUUCUACUCCUGGGACUUCACCACCGCCAACUUGCAGCUCCUCGCCAGGUUCUUUGAUAAAUACCCGGACUACGCUGAAAGGACCUUCCUCUCCGUCAAGGGCGGUGCACCCGCAAACAGCCUCGGUCUUGAUUCAUCCCCGGAGAAUUUGAGACGCAGCGUCGACGCCAUCAAUGCCGCUCUACGCGGUACCAAGAAGCUCGACCUCUUUGAAUGUGCGCGCGUCGACCCCAAGUACCCCGUCGAAGAGGUCAUCAAGAUCCUCGUAGGUCUCAAGAACGAGGGCAAGUUCAGCCACAUCGGCAUGUCAGAAUGCGCAGCCGAGACCCUCAGGCGCGGGCAUGCGGUUCAUCCGAUCGCUAUUGUCGAGAUCGAAGUCAGUCUUUGGUCUUACGAGAGCGAGACCAAAAAGGUCAUCGCCACCGCUCAAGAGCUUGGUAUUGCCGUCGCGGCUUAUUCAGCAUCGACGAUAUCCCUGGCUAGUCGUCUCCCUCUCGCUGAUGGCUCUAUCCUCAUACGGAGCCCCACAGAGAACGACAUACGUCGCCACCUAACUCGUUUCAAGGAAGAUUACUUCAAGCAUAACAUGGCUAUUGUGGACGCCAUCAAAGUCCUUGCCGCCAAAAAAAACAUUAGCCCAGCCCAGCUCGCGAUUGCCUGGGUGGGCUCGCUCGGCGCCCACGUUAUCCCCCUCCCGGGUUCUUCGGUGAAGAAGCGGACGCUAGAGAAUUUGUCGGGAGGGGACGUUGAGCUGAGCGAGGCGGACAAGGCAGAGCUCGCCAAGAUCAUAGCCGAUCAUGAGAUCAAGGGCGAUCGUUACUUCGGGAACGAUGCUGCCGCCCACCUCUGGGGUUGA